AUGUCCCAAUUCGCUUCUUUAAAGCAUGUCGAUGGUGCAGGAGACAAAAGAUGCGAUGUGAUGCGCGCAGCCAAGUCCCUUGCUUCCGCUGUCGCUCUACCGGCCGGGAUUGCAUUCUGGAUCCGAUCGAUGAUGGCCGGCGACGAAAUGAUCGCCGGCGGAAAACAACAACCCCCGCAAGACCCUAGGACGGGAUACCACACUCCGGUAACAAGAGAUCAGGGGUUCUCACCUGCCACCGUGCAAGACGGUGGUUUUACCACUCCGAUUGAUUCUUUACCCGAUUCUACUGGAUUAGGCAGCCUCCAGCGGUCUUAUACAUCUGAUACGAAUGGGCCGGAAUCUCAGCAGCUCAGCCCCAAUGAAAUGAUCGCGCCUGCGUCAGCGGUACACUCUAUGUCCGUGAAUUUGCUAGACACUAAUGAUAUUUUUAUGGAAAACUCCGCUAAGGGUGACCCCAGGGGGGAUGUCGUCGCUAGAGGAAUUGUCAGUGAGGAGCUUGCUCGUGUCAUGUAUGAGAGGUUCACGGGUGGAUCGAAGAACUUUCUUCCUCUUUUUGAUCCGAUCAGAGACACAUUCGACUCUGUCCGUUCAAGAUCCUUGUUUUGCUUUACGGUUAUUAUCUAUCUGGCUAGUCGCGCUGUGACAGAUUUGCGCGGAGACACGCAUAUGCAGCGUGUUCUACAAGAUGAGGCACAACGUUUGGCCGAAGACAGCUUCUUCGAGCGACCCACUAAACUAGAAACAGUCCAGGGAAUGAUUCUCCUAGCUGCCUACUCUGAAAAGACAUGGUUCUCGAUUGCUCUUAUUCUUCGCACCGCCUUAGAUUCUGGAUUGGAGAAAUCUUUGGACACUUUGCUGUCCCAAGAAAAUGUACCCCGAAGUUCGCUCUCAGCUUCUAUGGCUGAUCGAGAACUGGUAUGGAAGACAAGAACCUGGUUGAUCACUUUCAUAUUGGAGUUGGACGUCGCAUCUGGUACGGGACGCAAAUCACGCAUUGCCGAGGUCGAUGUGGUGAAGCUGCGCAGAUUCCUUGACUAUCCACUCUCGCUGCCCUUUGAUAUGCGUACUGUCUGUAUUAUUGAGCUUCAUCAACUUCGAGGCAAUUCUCGUGUGGUUAUUGAUAACACUUCAACUGUUAGCGAUAUUGUGUCUACAGAACUUCCGGCCAUUAUGACAAGAUUGCAAAACUGGUGGACGACGUGGGACGAGAUCCAUGAAAGUAGGUUGGCCCUUUCUCGCUUUGAUACAACUACAAUCCGGAUCAACUCUGACUCGAACAAAUUUGAAGACAAUGGUUUUCAUAUAGGGGCGUUUCAACGCAGCAGUCUCAAGCUUAUGCUUCUCUAUGCCAGGAUCUUUGUUUUCUGUGCUUCACUGGCACGGAUUCAGAAAUUACAACCGACGUGCACGGAUUCAAACUCCGAGAUCCUUGACCAGAAUCAGACAACAGCUUAUUCGUCGGAUCGAUCUUCCACGUAG